UUAAAAGGAGAAAAUUAUAGUUGUCUCCCCCUCUCUUUCUCCCUUGCUACAUCCCAAUCCCUAAUAAUCUCCAUACUUUGAAUCGAUAAAUUCGUGUUAAUCAAUCCUUCCUAUAUCCUUACAUCCAACUGAAAAACCUAAUUCUGCAGAUGCUUUCUAUUUCUGGAUCUCUCUCUUUUCGGAUCUCUUAUUCCUUCAAUCUAAUCAACAAGGGUUUCAAUUGGUUGAUCGAUUGCUACAACGAGCCUGUAUAGAUUAUUCCAUAUACAUAUGGGUGUAGAUGCAUAAACCGUGAUGAAGUAGAAGUUUACACAGGGAAUACGAUUGAAAGAGAGUUUGAUUCUUCGGAUUAGGCUGUGGGAAAUCGGUAAGUAUGUUUAAGAUCAUUAAAGGGAUGAAAAAGGGUUCCAAACCCGAAGUGAUUGAACCACCUCCAGGACCUAAUGCUCCAUCUGAUGUGACUGUAAACCAUGCUUCACGUUCGGCCAUACCCCCUGCUCAGCUCACCAACACCAAGUCACAGGCUAUCAGUCGAAACCCUGCACCUCAGACUGGUGUGAUCGAGGUAACACCUUUGUUGAAAGACGUCCCAAUAUCUGAACGACAUGUGUUAUUUAUCAGAAAGGUGAAUAUGUGUUCUGCUUCUUUUGAUUUCUCUGAUCCAUUGAAGAAAGUUAAAGAGAAAGAGAUCAAAAGGCAAAACCUACAAGAACUUGUUGAGUUAGUCCAGUCAGGUUCAAGUAAGAUGAACGAGAUCAUGCAGGAGGAGAUGAUUAACAUGAUUUCAGUGAAUAUCUUUCGUGCUUUACCUCCUCAAGCAUUUGAAAACACCGGAGCCAUUGAUGGUGACCCUGAAGAAGAUGAUAUGUACUUAGAACCUUCAUGGUCUCACCUGCAACUUGUCUAUGAGUUGCUUUUAAGAUACGUGGUGUCACCCGAUACAGAUACUAAAGUAGCUAAACGAUUUAUCGAUCAUUCAUUUGUUUUAAACUUGCUUGAUAUGUUUGAUUCAGAAGAUCCAAGGGAAAGAGAGUAUUUAAAGACCAUACUCCAUCGUGUAUAUGGCAAAUUCAUGAUUCAUCGCCCUUUUAUAAGAAAGGCAAUAAAUAAUAUCUUUUAUAGGUUUAUAUUUGAAACAGAAAGGCAUCCUGGACUUGGUGAAUUAUUGGAGAUUCUUGGAAGUAUAAUAAAUGGAUUUGCUGUUCCAAUGAAAGAAGAGCAUAAGUUGUUCCUUGUGAGGGCACUUAUUCCACUUCAUAAAGCCAAAUUCAUUAAUUACUAUCAUCAACAGUUAUCUUACUGUAUAAUUCAGUUUGUUGAAAAAGAUUAUAAAUUGGCUGAUGUUGUGAUUAGAGGGUUACUGAAAUACUGGCCUGUUAUUAACUGUGGUAAAGAGAUUCUGUUUCUUGGUGAAUUGGAAGAAAUUCUUGAUGCAACACAACCUGCAGAGUUUCAACAAUGCAUGAUUCCUCUUUUUAGACAAAUUGGACGCUGCAUUAAUAGCCCUAAUUUUCAGGUUGCAGAAAGGGUGCUUUUCUUGUGGAACAAUGAACAUAUAGUGGACUUGAUUGCACAGAAUCGAGACAUCAUUUUACCUAUCCUCUUUGAACCCUUGGAGAAGAACAUCAAAGGUCACUGGAACACUGCUAUCAAUGGAUUAACUGGAAAUGUAAGAAAAAUGUUCAUUGAAAUGGAUUCAGACCUUUUUGAAGAAUGCAGUAAUCAGUUCUUGGAAAAAGAAGCCAUGGCCAAUAAAAUGCUUGAGAAACGUGAGUUGACUUGGAAGAAACUUGAAGCAAUUGCAUCAGAAGGUGGAGGUGAUGAUAUGGUUAUGGUUAAUUAAAUUACAUUUUUUUUUUUCGUUUUUACCCUUUCUCCCACCUGGAGUUCUUGCUACUUUCUAACAUCCAAAAGGGCAGAGGUAUGAGUCAUUUUCUCCUACAGCCUGACAGAGCACAACGGUUUGCUCUAUUUUUUUUUUUCUUUUUUCCAUGUUUGCCCUUUUAGAGUAAUUGCUAUUUUUGUUGAAAUAGAGUUAUUGGGUUGAUAAUAAGUAAAGGUGGUCAUGAUGUUAACAUCAUCAUAGAGAUGUUUUCAAAUUCUAUAACUUUCUCUUAUUGUGGUCAAAUGAACCACAUGUCAUAUUUUUUUUUUGUGAAUACAAAUUCCUAUCAAUGGUUAUACAGUUA